AUGGAGAGGAAAGGAGGUGGGGCAGCACAAAUUGGAGGCUGUGGUGGGAGAGGUCCGUUCUCCCCUACAUCUUCAACCUUUUCGGCCUUCAACAUCUGCCUCUACACCCGUCUUGCAACUUCUCAAUUUUCUCAAUACACGCCUCAACGAACACCACAUUCUCGAGUGUUGCCACUGCCACAACAACUGCUAUUACCGGCAUGGACUGGAGGUUGUGGUAGGUCUUUGUUGUAUGAGCCUUUGACUGAGGCGGUUACAAUUAGUUAUCCGAGGAAACAUCCGCGUAGGUCUGUUUGGGUAGUUGGUUCUUGCAACGGGCUUAUUUGCAUUGCAAUAAAUGAGAAAGAUUUGUUCUUGUGGAACCCAUCUGUGAGAAAAUCCAAGAAAUUGCCCGAUGUAGAUGUUCCAAUGGGGCGGGGUUUCUGCAUCGUAUAUGGGUUUGGUUUUGAUGAGACUACUGAAGAUUAUAAGGUUGUGGGGAUUUUCUGUGCAUUUGGAAAUGCGGGUGGGUGUGAGACAAUGGUAAAGAUUUAUAGUUUGAAGACUAAUUCUUGGAGGAGGAUCGAGGAUUUUAAGGGUGGAGUGCCUUUGGAUGAUUCGGGCAUGUUUGCGCAGGGGAAGCUCCACUGGUCUGCUAGUCCUGGGGAGGGGUUCAGUUCUGGGUGGGAUAUUGUUUCUCUUGAUUUAAAGAGAGAGAUAUAUGGUACGGUAGAGCAACCAAAUUAUGGGGAAGGAGAUUUUACCUCGGUAUUAGGGGUUCUAGGAGAAUGCAUUUCUGUGCUUUGCAAUUAUCAGAAAACUCGUGCAGAUGUGUGGGUUUUGAAGGAGUAUGGGGUUAAAGAGUCUUGGACUAAAGUUAUUUCCAUUCCUUAUAUUUAUGAUCCAGGGAAAUAUAUGUACUCGAUGCCAUUGUGCAUACUGCCGAAUGGGGAAGUUCUAUUGGCUCUUGGGUCGUCCUUUGUAGUUUACAACCUGAAAGAUAAUUCUUUUAAGUCCCCCAAGAUUACUAACGUUACUGAUUUCCUUGGAGCGAUUACCUAUGUUGAAAGCUUAGUUUCACCUGAUGCUGAUGGUGAAUGA